CUCCGAGCCAAGUUGUUCCACCACAUUCAGCGUAUAACAGCCAUUAACGUAAAGAGCUGCUCAUUUUCUGGACAAGUACGAUGGCUAGAACGCAUUUACUUAUUUCCACCUUAUUGCUGGCGAUUGCAUACUCAGUCUGUGCUCAGAUCAAAGGUCAGUAUCAACAAGCGCCACAAGUUCAACAAACGAGACAUGUGUACAACGAUCAGGAACUCUGCUCUGACUGUGAGAUCCGUAACGGUGUCGGCUACCGCUCCCACCCCACCGACUGUAACAGGUACUCCCAGUGCUUCCCCAUAGGGCCUGGUCAGUGGAGAGCUGUGAUACGCUCUUGUCCUGCAGGGUUGUUCUGGGACCAGAGUAAACUCACCUGUAACCGGGCUAGGGCUGUCUCCUGUGGACAAGAUCGUUGUCUUGGGCAAGUCCUGGGCAGAGAACGUUACUCUGACAGUUGUCGUGGUUACUGGACCUGUAAGGAUGGACAUACCGAUGACUUAGACUGGUGUGGACCAUUCCAGUCCUACAAUGAGGACACCGACGACUGCGAUGACGACAGGUCAUGCGAUGAUGACGAUGAUGAGGACGAGACUAUCCACGAAUCUGUCCCCUGUCAUUUAGAGGAGCAUGAGACUGACGACGACAAGUACUACGAGUAUGAGUGGGGACAGAAGAGAACCCGUUCAUGUGCACCCGGCACUGCCUUUAACUGGGGAUCCUGUGGUUGUGGAACCAUUAUCGACGGUCACGGAGCAGGAUGCAGACCAGAGCUCUACUUACCAUUCGACGGUGACUUCCAGGACAAAUCUGGCGGCAACUGGGUGGACAACCAAGGCUGUUACACACGCUAUGUGGCCGGAGCCGUCGGGGGACAGGCUGCUUACUUCAAUGGUAACUGCAAACUGAUUGUCCCAAGGUUCUCUGGGCAUGACUUUGGACAUCGAGUGGUCAUCAGGCUGAGGUACAAGGAGGAUGACGAUGACGUCCAAACACGUCUCCAGGCAUUGGUCAGUAACAGUGACUGUAGCAAGGUUCCAUCCAUCGUGGUUGCAUACGACGAUGAGUUCAGUGGCACUAAGGGCAUCUUGAGAACCGGAAGUCAGGGAGAAUACGUCACGUACAAUCAACAAAGAAGAGGUGAAUGGAAGGAAGUGGAAUUCGAGUACGACGGUCAGAAGGUUGUUUUGAGGACAAAUGGACAGACUGACGGAAUGGUUGCAAGCGGCAACAUACGAGCUGUACAGGCAGGUCUGCAUAUCGGGGAUGGUUCAGGUUUGGCUAACUUCAAAGGUUACAUUGACGAGCUGAAGGUUUACCUCUGCAAGCCCUAGACCGGACUAGAACAGACCAGCCCAUAUGCCACUACUGGCUUUCAUACAGAUGACAGGCUUCCCUAAAGCCCGACGGCUAACUUAAUUACAUACCCAUGUUAACAGCUUUAAAUGUACAGCUUUUUCGUAAGAAACUCUGGUUAAGUGUUUUUUUUUUAAUAUGACGAGAAGUCACGAUUUGAUGGAUGCAGAUUCUAGUGUCUCGGAUAACCGUGUGUAUAGGUCAUGAACGACUCGUAUCUGUACCGAAGCUUCUAGAAAGAAGAUUUCAUCAGUUUUGUCACUGACUUAUAACUUAUGACUAGUUUUGAUAAUCAGUUACGUUGGCCGAGCCAGUGGGAUGCUGUUACGAUCUCUUUUCAGCGCGUGUGAUAAAACUUAGUCUCUGCGCUAAUAUUUGUAAUGAAUUCUACGCUGCAUAUAUGUAUCUCUCACACUGAAUGUUAUUUAUUGAAAAUAUUACUGACUGUCGGUGUACCUGUCUCCUCGUCCAUACUUAUCCUUUUGCGUACCAAGGACCUUUGUUUGUCUCUUUUAAUUUACAUCUAUGAGUUUUUCCCAAUGUCUUUUUUUU